CGGACACCAGGAAAUAACGUAAACAUUUUGACAAUGCCUUCGUCCCCAAAAUGCACAAUGGAGGUUUCGCACUAGUUUAUUUUCUCAUCUUCGUCGGCAACUUAGCUGAAGCUUCACCAAUCGACGGAGUAAAACCUAUUAUAGAGCAUUUAGUAAAAAUUUCCAACGAAUGGGGUAGAAGGUAUUGUUUGUGAAUGAGUAAUGCUGGAGAAGUUGGUUCGAAGAUUCAAGGUUUGGUGCUGAGGGUGAAGGGGGAAUGGUUCAAAUGGUGGCUGUGUUGGGGUUUGUAGCGACAAGGUCCUUGGUGCUUGAAGCUCGCGAAGAAAAGCGUCACUUCUUUGAAGUUAAGCCCACAGUUAUAGAAAAUUUUAAAAAUACUAAACAUAUCUGAAUUUAGUACUAUAAGAAUCAGUGUACUAUUAAAUAACUAAUCUCAAAUUCAAUAUAAAUAAUGAUAAUCUGACUUCUAAAAGGUUAGAUUCAAAGAACCGAUUGCUUUUUGUUAGGAUUUUUUGCGAGUCAUUGUUUGAGCUAAAACUAGGUUUGUGACUUUAGGAAUAAAAUAGGUAAAGUUUAAUGAUCAUAUAUGAAAUUAAGUUGAUUGAACUUUCUUUACUCAUCCAUAAGUUGCCCUUUACUAUGCAUACGAUUCAAUUUUUUAGCCCAAAUGAUAGCACAUAGAGGUCUUAACUGCUCGUUGUUGUUGAAAUUUUGGGUUGGAUGUUCAAAUUCUUUUAUUAGAUUCGACUGGAUUAGAUUUCUUCCAUUUAUCAACAUUAGGGUAAAAUUAAAUUGGUUUAACUUUCUGGCAGUUUAUUCUUGUUUUCAGAUACACUCCCUGUUUGUUUUUGGACCAGAAAGGAAACUCUCAAUUGGCUAAGAAUCAUCGUUUUGUUUUAGCAGAAUUUCAUUCCAGUUAAGAUUUCUUCUGCAUUACUGAUAAAGGAAACAAAUAAAGAUAAAGAAAAAGAGGAAAGCAAGCAUAGUGACCGGAAAGAAUCAGUUAUCAGUACGAAGCUUGAAGAGCAAAUGGCGUUACAAGUUAUAACAACUGUUCUAGAGCCAAUUAUGGACUACAUAGUCAAACCAAUUGGACGACAACUUGGUUAUCUGAUUUCUUAUAGGAGCAACAUCCAGAAUCUGAAAGUUGAAAUGGAGAAGCUGAAUAAGCUUAGAGAAGAUGUGGAACAGUCAAAGGAGGAGGUUGAGAGUAAUUUGGAAAUUGUUGGAGAUGGUGUUAAGGACUGGCUAAGAAACACAACUGAAAUCCAAAAAGUGACCACCACUAUUUUUCCAAGUGAAGCUGAUAUUGGAAAAGGAUGCCUAAGGCAAUGUUUGAUUUCGCGUUAUGUGUUGAGUAGGAAAGCUAAGAAGAUGACUAAUACUGUCAUUCAUCAACGAAAUGACGGGAGAAAUUAUGAGAAAUUUACCCAUCUUGCUCCUCCAGUUGAGUCGUGGAUUAGGAGCAAGAUAGACUCUGAUGAUGGUAUGUCAAGACAAUUAGUCGUGGCUAAUAUCAUCGAAUCUCUAAAUGAUGAGGAGAUCAAUAUGAUUGCGAUGUGGUCCAGGUGGUGUUGGCAAGUCGAGAAUGGUCGAAAAAGUUAUUGCAAAGGUCGAAGGAAAAUUUUUUGUUUAAUAAGAUUGUGUAAGCUUCAAUCCUUAAUUGCAGAAGCAUUGGGCCUAAAGCUCGAUGAAAGGAGUGAGAUGAUGAGGGCUAACAAACUGAAAGCAAGAUUAAAGAUGAAGAAUAAAAUUCUCCUAGUUUUAGACGAUGUUUGGCAAAAGCUGGAUCUGGAAAAAAUAGGAAUUCCCUUGGGAAAGGAGCACGAAGGUUGUAAGGUCAUAGUAACAUCGAGAAGCCACGAAGUAUGCUCUUAUUUGCUUUUGAAGGGGAUAAAGAUUUUCACAAUAAAGUCAUUGUCCAAAAAAGAAUCAUGGGAUCUCUUUAGAAGAAAUGUUGGUGACAGAAUCAACGAUCCUGUCCUGAAUAAAAUUGCACAAGAAAUUGCAAAGGAAUGUGGGGGAUUACCCCUUGCAAUAUUAACUGUUGCAAGUACAUUGAAGGACAAAAGUCAGGAAAAUUGGAUAGGUGGACUUGCACAACUAAGAUCAGUCCUGCCAAACAACAUCACAGGAUUGGGAGAUGUAUUUAAAUCUUUGAAGCUUUCUUACGAUCAUAUAGAGAGUGAUGAAGCGAGGAAGUUAUAUUUACAUUGUUGUUUAUUCCCAGAAGACUACUCUAUACCUCUGGAAAUUCUUGCCAUACGUGGAAUGAGUUUGGGCAUGUUCAUAGACGUUAAUAGUCUUAAAGAAGCUAAGAUAAGGGUGAACUUCUUAGUUUAUAAGCUCACAAACUAUUUCCUGCUACAAAAGGGCAAGGACGAUAGCUCGGUCAUAAUGCAUGAUGCUUUUCGAGAUAUAGCCAUAUAUAUUACAUCUAGAGAACAACAUCUUUUUGGGAUAAACCAUGAUUUUAAGCUAAAAGAGUGGCCGAGGGAUAUUCACCAUGAAGAGGUGACCUGCAUUUCAGUACGCUUAACUACAACUGUAAAGCAUCCAAAAACAUUAAAUUGCCCAAGAUUGGAGCUCUUAGAAUUAGAAACAUGGAAAACGUCUGUCUCUCUGCAUGAUGGUAUUUUUCAAGGGUCGAGAGCGCUUAAAACAAUCGAAAUAUCUCGCAUGAAAUUUUCGCUGUUGCCUUCAUCAAUUGGAUUGCUGAAGAAUUUGCGCAUGCUAAGAUUGAUUGAUUGCGAGAUGGAGAAUAUAUCAAUGAUAGGUGAGCUAGUUAACCUUGAGAUUCUGAGCUUGAGAUAUUCAAGAUUUACUGUUUUUCCAGCUGAAUUAAGAAGGCUAGAGAAGCUCAAGUGUUGGAUUUAAACUGUUGUAAA